AUGGCGACCGUCUUCCAGCGCAUGCAGUACGCCCUCUCGGGCACGACGGCCGGCCGUCGCUUCCAGGAGCAAAUGGACAUGGCCACGAUAGCAAUGUUGACACACCUCAAGGAGCUCCAUGUUGCCCGCGGUCCUGGCAUCGUGACGCCCGAGGAGAAGGAAGCGCUGUUCGAGCAGGCUGUCGAGGCCAUGGAGACCAAGACAUUCGAGGAACACAAGGCAGUGGCCCAGACUGCGCUCACCAAGCAGGCCGAAGCCCUGUUUAGCGCGCUCAUGCUUGGCAACCAAGUCUUGCAACAGAAGCCCAACGUCUUCUCCAUCACCGCGGAGCGUCCGGCGACGUCGCCCCAUACAACCAUUGAAGGCUACGUCCAGGCCCACGUCGGCUUUUCGCUGCAAGUGCAAGACUCGACGAUUGAGACCGCCGGUCGCGGCCUCUUCUUGCAGGGGACGGCGGUCGCGGGGACGCUCGUCGCCUUGUACCCGGGCACGGUCUACCUCUCGGAGCACUACCGCAAGAAAUACUUUGACGUUGUCUCCAACAACCCGUUUGCGCGUGCUCGUUUCGAUGGCGCCAUCAUCAACGCCAAGGACCAAGCCAUUCCGCACGUGAACCAUUAUGCGCUGGCACAAAUGGUCAACCACCCGCCCGCCGGCGCGUCCCCGAACGUGCUGCCCGUCGCAUUUGACUUUCCUGCUGCCGAGCCGUUCACGUCCGAAGCGUUUGCACCGUACAUUCCCAACCGCUACGUCGAACAGCCGUCGCUGUUUGCCAUGUUUGGCAAGCGCGGUCUUGUCCCGGGUAUCGCACUUGUGACCCUCCACGACGUCCAAGACGAAGAGCUUUUUCUCAACUACCGGUACAACCCGAGCUUGCCGUACCCCGAAUGGUACACGCCGGUCGACAAGGAAGCCGACGAAAAGAUGUGGGGCUAA